UCGUCGAAACCAUAGCUAGCUGAUCGGUCGGUCGUUCGGUCGGACGAUCCCGUUGAUUUCGCUUCGGCCAAUUCAAGCCGCGUCUAUUGUGCAUUCCGUUGGUCCCCUCCUUUUGUAGUUGUGUGCAGAGACGACGCACUGUUUCACUGCGGGUUGUUUGACUCGCAAGGAAUGUGAAUUGUCGCUGGCCAUUUCGACGACGUGGUACAGAUUUUGGAACCACUAAAAUUUGCCCUUGCCUGCUGUGAACUAUUUGCGCACGUACUUAAAAUCUCGUGCUUGGCCGCGCUUGUGUUUGUAUGUGUGUGGGUAUGUAGAUCGUUUGCGGAGUGAUUUGUGAUCGGUAUAGCUUCCACGCAUCGACGACCCAGUUCCGGAGAAGGGGCACCAGCACCAGCUACAGCUGAUCAACGAAAACGGAGCUUUAGCUUGCAGCAAAAUUUGGAUUCAGGAAAGACGAUUACCUUCCAAUCGAUGAGUACCUUUGGAACGCAACUGCCUGCUGCACAAUCCAACAAACGAUCCGUUAAUCGUGCAACUAAUUGAUACGAUCACAUCCGGACAACUGGAUCAGACAGAAUGAAGCCAAGACGCGUGGGAAUGGCACGGGGCUACGAGGAGAUGGACGGAGCAAACGUUCCCCGGCCGCCCGGACCGACAGGAACCGUUGGAGGUCCUUCCGGAGGAGACACCGCAGCAAGUGUGGCAGGAAAUCCAUCUUCAGUGGCAGCUGCCGGCGGAACAAUGCUGGCUGGAGCGGCGCCCGAGUUCGAGCUGGCUUCUGUCAGUGUCGUUCCGGAUGACACGUACACCGUAACACAGGCUGUGAAUGCACUGGGGUUCGGGUGGUUUCAGGUGAAACUGUCCUUGUGCGUGGGACUGUGCUGGAUGGCCGAUUCCAUGGAGAUGACCAUAUUGAGUGUGCUCGGGCCGGCACUGCACUGUGACUGGGGCAUAUCCCGGUAUCAGCAGGCCCUGGUAACGACGGUGGUCUUCCUCGGCAUGAUGCUUAGCUCCACCUUCUGGGGUCAUUUAAGCGAUCGUUACGGGCGCAAACCGGCCUUAACACUAUGCGGAGUACUACUUUUUCUGUACGGAUUGCUCAGCUCCGUCGCUCCGAGCUUUGGCUGGUUGCUGCUGCUGCGUGGACUCGUCGGAUUUGCCAUCGGCUGUGUACCACAAUCAGUAACACUGUACGCCGAAUUCCUUCCCACGAAGCAGCGUGCCAAAUGUGUUGUAUUACUCGAUUGUUUUUGGGCGCUUGGAGCCUGCUUCGAAGUGGCUCUGGCACUGGCCGUCACACCGACCCUUGGCUGGCGAUGGCUGCUAGGUUUAUCCGCCGCGCCAUUGUUUAUCUUCGCCAUAAUCACUCCCUGGCUUCCGGAAUCGGCUCGUUAUCAUGUUACCAGCGGCCAGAGCGACAAAGCAUUAAACACGCUCGAACAGAUAGCGAAGGACAACCGGCGACCGAUGCUGCUUGGUCGCUUGGUGGUGGAAGGUCCCAGUGGAUCGCGCGGUAGCUUAAAGGCACUGCUCGGUAGCUCGCUAAGACGAACCACGUUGCUGCUGUGGUUCAUCUGGAUGUCGUGCGCGUUCUGCUAUUACGGAUUGGUGCUUAUGUCGACAGAACUGUUUGGCGGUAAGAACAAAACAAUCAUCGACGGAGGAAUGACGGCGGAUGAUGGCAUUACGAUCGACUGUCAACCGCUGGCCACGACGGACUAUAUGGAUCUGCUGUGGACGACGUUGGCCGAGUUUCCAGGCAUAUUUGCCACAAUCUAUGUGAUUGAAAAGUUUGGGCGAAAGAAGACGAUGGCGCUGCAGUUUCUUUUCUACGCCGGAUGCGUUCUGAUGAUUACUGUUACGGAAGUGCGAGUGUUUCUGACAAUCAUUCUAUUUAUGGCUCGUGGAGUCAUUGCCGGUCUGUUCCAAGCGGCGUACGUUUACACUCCAGAAGUUUACCCGACUGCGCUUCGAUCGGUCGGAGUUGGUGGUUGCUCGGCGCUGGCACGUUUGGGUGCCAUGGCAACACCGUACAUUGCUCAGGUGUUGUUUCAAUCGUCGAUCUGGAGCGCCGUAACCGUGUACGGAAUAUUUGCCGCGUGUGCCAGUGUGGCCUGCAUGCUCUUACCUUACGAAACGCGUGGUGCUGACCUAGCACACUGACCGGGCGAGCACUGCUUCGAUUCGUUCAUACUCAUACCUAUCAACAGAUAUACCUCUUCGCGAACUCUAGUAGCCCAUGCGCCAGUGUGGAAUCCGCUUUUCCACGAUUUUGUUCUGUUUUGUUUCUUCGUGUGCUUAAGUAAGGUUAAAGUUUCUUCGUGUACCGUGUUGUAUAUAGCAUCUCCAGACCGUAGAGUCCGAUCGUUUGGAACGGAAAGUUAUUUAUAUACCUAUUUAUUUACCACCAAACAUUAUAACAAGCUUAAAACAAAUCGAGCAAUUCGUUCAGAACGAUUUUUGUAGACUGAUGGAGAAUAGCUCCUGCUUAGUAGGAUCUAGGGUCACUAGACGGCACCUGCGCUAAGUUCAUGUUGCUUUACAUAUUUUACAAGCCGCACGAUGGACGAUGGCGUUAUUCCUUGAAUACGACUAGCGGCAGCAAUCUGAUCGAGAGAUAAAUCCAAUUAGUGAGUUGUUAGGGUCCUUAGGGGAGUCCUUCUUACCGUUUGCGGUUGAAUUUUGACCAGUUUUUCUUGCUCUUCGAACGAAAGAUUUAGAGAUUUCCUUAAAGAAAGAGCAAAACAAAACA